GCGGCGGCGCCUCUCCUGAGGAAGGCGGAGGGCUUUGUUUGCGACGACGGCGAGAGGCCGCCCGACGGCCAGCAUGGACGAGCAGCUGCAGGGCGCCGCGAGGCGGGACAGCGCCGGCUGGGGGAGCAACGAGGUUUUCCUCCUUGACUCACAGUAUGUAGCACCAACUGUUGCCUUUCUGCAAGAACUACCCAGUUACCAGUCUAUGUUGAGGAGGAGAACUUCAGCUUCAGCUGGAGGAUUGCGGGACUACCGCAGUUUAGCACGGACAGCUUCUGGUGAGACCAGCAGUCUCAUAGAAAGGGUUGGACCAGGAAGCCCAGGCUCUGUGCAGCCGCUGAGAGAAUAUGCCUUAACUAUUGCAGAGAAGAGAAGAUUAAGGGAAAUUCAGGUGGCUAACAUAAGAUACCUGUCAGGUUGGCAUCAGUGGAGGCAGAUAAGUAGCAAAUCAUGGAAAAAAAUUGUAGAGGAUACCAGAGAACUGUCAUCUUACUUUGAACUUUGGGGACAUGACAUCCGCAGUAUUGAGGGGAAGUUUGGCACUGGGAUCCAGUCUUACUUUUCCUUUCUACGAUUCCUCGUGAUCCUGAACGUUGUGAUCUUUCUCCUUGUGUUCACCUUUAUCACCCUUCCUAGUGCCUUUUACAAACAUGGAACGGUCAAUGGCAGCUACGUUCAACUUCCCCUGAAGAGCAUAGAGCACCACUGCACAGUUUAUGUUGUCAGUGGUACCAAGGGACUUAUUUACUUCUACAGUUACGUUAUAGACCUGCUGACUGGCACAGGCUUUCUGGAAAUGACUAGUCUCUUUUAUGGCUAUUACACAGUAGACACCAUCUGUUUUGGCCUGCUGAAAUACCACGUGCCGCUUGCCUAUUUGCUGACCACGCUGGCUUACCUUUCAUUAAGCUUUCUCUGGAUCGUGAAAAGAUCUGUUGAUGGAUUCAAACAAAGCUUGGUACGCAACGACGAUCAGUUUCAGAGUUACUGCAACAAAAUAUUUGCUGGCUGGGAUUUCUGUAUUACAGAUGUAAAUGCUGCACGGCUCAAGCAUAGCAGCUUACAUUAUGAGCUUAAAACUGACUUGGAGGAAGAGAGACUAAGGCAGAAGGUAGCAGAAAGGACCACCAGAGAGAAAAUACGCAUCUAUUGCUUGAGAAUAUUCCUAAACUGCAUUGUCCUAGCUGUUUUGUCAGCUUGCUUUUAUUCUAUCUAUAGAGCAACAGUCUACUCACAAGAAAACAUUUCCAAUGACCACAAACCGAGAUUUGAGGAUAACCUCAUAGUACAGUACUUACCUUCUAUGGUGAUUACAAUGGCCAACUUUAUUGCCCCGUUAAUUUUUUCAGUUCUCAUCAAAUUUGAAGACUACUCACCAGCCUUUGAAAUCCGGUUAACGCUGAUGAGGUGUGUCUUUGUGAGACUGGCCAACAUUGGUGUUCUCUUGUUCUCACUGUGGACUCGAAUCAGGUCCUGUACUAAUGCAAAAUGCAUGGCCUGUGGAUACAACUAUCAGCUCUACCCUUGCUGGGAAUCUCGAGUUGGCCAGGAAAUGUAUAAGCUGAUGAUCUUUGACUUCAUCAUAAUAUUUGCUAUUACAGUCUUUAUUGACUUUCCAAGAAAGUUGAUGGUUACCUAUUGCUCAUAUAAGGCCUUCCGGUGGUGUGGUCUGCAGGAGUUUGCCAUCCCUGACAACGUGCUGGAAAUUGUUUACGGGCAAACAAUCUGUUGGAUUGGGACUUUCUAUUGUCCUCUUCUCCCUGCCAUCGCAGCAGUAAAAUAUUUUGUCGUCUUUUACAUUAAAAAGAUUAGUCUGAUGCAUACAUGCAAGCCUUCAACGCGGCCCUUCAGAGCGUCCAGCUCCAACUUUUUCUUCCUGGUGGUGCUCUUGAUUGGCCUCAUUCUAGCUUUCAUUCCGUUGGGACUCAGCAUGACGCACAUUCCCUCCUCAAAAGCAUGUGGGCCUUUUGUGAAUGUUAACCGUUCGUGGGAUGUCAUAGAACAUACGGCGCAUCAUUUUCCACCAGUAUUGCAGAAGGUUCUGAAUGGCAUUGUGUCGGAAGCAUUUGCAGUGCCUUUCUUUAUGGUUGUCUGCCUAAUUAUGUUUUAUUUCAUUGCCUUGGCUGGAGCACAUAAACGAGUUGUUAAUCAACUCAGGGAACAAUUAGUUAUGGAGAGUCGUGACAAGCUCUUCCUGAUCAGGAAGCUGACUGAAGCUCAGAGCCUUAGCUGAGGUGCCUUUUCAUGCCUGCUGCCUUUGGAGUCGUUUUUUUGGAGCUGCUGUUAGGGGAUGCUAAAAAGAGAAGAAAUCUAGUGCCUUGAACCUUGAGCCAAGUGACUUGGAACUUCAUCCUUGGACCAGUUUAACUUGCAGUAGAUGUGGGCCUCCUACAGCUGUUCCAAUAUCUGUGUCCGGAUACGGGGCUGGUGUGCAUAAGUGAGUUGUUGAUCAACUCAGGGCGCCAUUUAUCAUGUUGACCUGUUGGGUUUUUCAUUGAGCAUGCACCCCGUUUAUACAUGAUUUCUGUAUUUCUGUUUGUGCAGAAUUAAGUGACUCUUAAAAAUCAUGCUCAGGAUCUCUACCAUUGUAGAGGUCUUUGUGAGGUUGUAUCUUUAUUUUCAUUGUUUACACUUUAAGCCUGUUUUUCAUGGGUGUUUUAAAACUGUUGUGAACUGCCUUCCCUGUCUUGACCAGGAAGUUCUUUGUAAAGGGUUCUCUGUGUUGUUUUCAAUGCCAUUCCUUUU